AUGGCUCGAACUGUCUUGGAUAUACCACUGAAGCAAAGUUCGAGACGCUUUAUAUCAGUGCCAACUCCGUCGCAUCGCCAUGCAGCACCCUCAGCACCUUGGCCAUGGCUAGACUCUAGCACAUCGACGGAUGUCACGUCGGAUGAUGCUGGAAAGCCGAAGUGUCCACAUCCUGAAGGCGAGUGCGGGGGAUGUUGGUACGGAUACCCCCAAACUUUGUUUCCGAAUUGGAGGGUAGACCAACAGAGUAAAAGCGGGAUUCGGAAAAUCAUCCAAGCGUCUUUUUCUGGUCACAAAGACAAGUCUAUCAUAUAUCGGCUGGACAUGUUGGCAAGCGGUGUAUUUGAGGCCCAGGAGCCUUUGGACUUUGCAAGUCAGUCAACCGAAACGUUGUGGGAACAAGUGCAGGAACGGCGGCCUGAGGGGACACGGGUUCGUGCUUUAUUUGUAGAAGAUUUGUCGGGUACGACCCUUCAGAUGCUUGGUACAAGAUACAAGAUCGAGCCGUUCUUCUUCUCGUCAGCCUUGAAUUGGAUACCUACGCGUUAUCAGGAAGAAUUACGACAUGGGCAGGGGGAUCAUAUGACGCUAGUCCUCAAAUUUGUGAGCACAAAGGAGAUCUUGCCCCCGCAAGGGGUUGUCACUGCUCCUCAGAGCCCCACUACGACCGUUUCCGCUUCCGCUGGCCGAUCUCUGUAUCCUGACGACCCCGCUGAAGAGCUCGUAAUUGACACGCAAAAACCUCUCUAUCUUCGGUCCAGCUCCGACACAAGCAUCAUAUAUCAGGACCUCCUGGCUCUCCAUGUGAUUCGUUCGAACAGUGGGAGCACGAUCCUCUCCUAUCAUGCACCUCCGUCAAAAUGGAAUAGUACGUCGGCGAAAUUCUUGUGCGACCGCAUCAGCGUUGCCGGUCGAAGCGUGUAUUGGCAACAUAUUUUCCGCAGCUCUCAAGACCCGACCUGUGUGGUACUCUUGAUGUUAUGGCACGCAUUUUAUGCUUGGGACGAAGCGCUCGAAGUCCUGUACCGGCAUAUCUGUUACUUGGAAUCUGGUGUAAUGAGCACGAACGACCCGAAAAUGACCCACGAGCUCCACGUCAUCCGAGCUCAUAUAUUACAUUAUGAUUCUCUUCUGGGUGAUUUUCGCAAGACCAUCCAGUUCGUAGAGAAGAUACACAAUCCUACCUUGGUCACCACAACGGUGACUCCGUCGUCGUCGUCUUCGGCAACUACAUUAAAUGGGGCCAAUGACGAAUGGAAGGACUUGUUGCACAAGGAGUGUGCCCAUAUGCUUAGCGGCGUUGAUAGACUGGAGGAAACCCUCAAAAUGCACGACAAGCGGCUAAGGAAUGUCAUGAAUCUGACCUUCAGCCUGGUGAACAUCGAAGAUAGCAAGCGUAUGGCAGCGUUGGCGGAAGCAACCGGAAGAGAUAGCGCUGCGAUGCGGCAAAUAUCCUCACUUACGAUGAUUUUUCUCCCAGCGUCUCUUGUAGCGGCUGUCUUCGGCAUGAACGUAACAGAGAUCAACGAAGGUUCAAUCCCCCAAUUCCAUACAUACCUAGCCAUUGCCAUCCCUCUUACCAUCUUCACCAUAUGGGUCACCGUGGCCCUCCAAUUCCGGAGUCAGAUCAUCGCCAGCAGAGAGAGGAAACAGAAGAUGAGCCAGGGAAGCGAUUUGGAGACUUCCUGGGAGGACGACGAGAGUCUAUCGGCUUGGUCAGGGCUGUGGUGGCCGAUCCUCUUGGGGAAGAUAUGGAUGCGAAAAAAGAGGACGCGCGGAACACAGGAUGAAAAGGAGUAA